UGGUUUUAAUAUGACAGUUGUGGCAGCAGCGGUUAGGGGUGCUUAGGCUCAACCUUAUAUUACCUAUCCGUAUUUUACCUGAUUUAUCCCGUACUAUUGUUGCGUUUCAAAUAAAAUAAUCAUGUCGUGGCUAUUCGGGUAUAGCCGGCCACAGAUGCCGCCUCCAGAAGACCCACCGUCAAACGAUGGUGAAUCCGGUACCGCACCACCUGCGACUGCUAAUCUUACUAAAGCUGAGAAAAGAGCCAUGGAAGCCUAUAGAUUUGACUCCAGCGCUCUUGAACGCGCCGCUCAAGCUGCAAAAGAACUGGAAAGAUCAAAACAUGCUAAAGAAGCUUUGGAAAUCAGCAAAAUGCAGGAGAUCACACGGCAACAGGAGCAAAUGGCCAAGAUCAAGGAAUAUGAGGUUUCCAUUGAACAAGCGAAAGUGCAGCAGAAGAAAAUUGAUCACGAAGAAAGAAGGAAAACUCUUCAGGAAGAGACAAAGCAGCAUCAGAUGAGGGCUCAAUACCAAGACCAGUUGGCUAAGAAGAGAUAUGAAGAGCAAUUGGUGCAGCAGCAGAAAUCACAGGAGGAGAUAUUGAAAAAGCAAGAAGAAAGUGUUGCAAAGCAAGAAGCAUUGCGUCGUGCCACCAUUGAACAUGAGAUGGAGCUCCGGGAGAAGAACAAACUGAAGGCGAUAGAGGCAGAAGCUCGCGCUAGGGCAAAGGCAGAUCGCGAGAAUAGAGACAUCACCCUCGAACAAAUACGACUCAAGGCAGCUGAGAAUAGAACAACCAUAUUGGAGAGUAUUAAGACUGCGGGGUCUGUGAUUGGUACAGGUCUGAACGCUCUGGUGACGGACUGGGACAAGACGCUGGCGGCGGCGGGAGGAUUGUCCCUACUCGCUCUCGGAGUUUACACCGCUAAAGGCGCAACAUCUGUCACCGCUAGGUUUAUUGAGGCCAGGAUAGGUAAACCGUCACUCAUUAACGAGACAUCCAGAUUUUCACUACUAGAAGCCAUAAAACAUCCUAUCCUAACUAUGUCGAAAGCUGUGAACCGAUUCAGAAAACCCACGGAUGCUUUAGCCGGUGUUGUACUGGAACCAAACUUGGAACGUAGACUGAGAGAUAUUGCUAUCGCCACAAAAAAUACACGACUUAACAAAGGAUACUACAGAAAUCUACUCAUGUAUGGACCACCAGGAACAGGAAAGACAUUAUUCUCAAAGAAAUUAGCAAAACAUUCAGAAAUGGACUACGCAAUACUGACUGGUGGUGAUGUGGCACCCAUGGGUAAGGGUGCAGUCGCAGCUAUACAUAAAGUAUUUGACUGGGCCAAUACUAGCAGAAAAGGUGUUUUACUUUUCAUUGAUGAGGCAGACGCAUUCCUUCGUAAACGUUCCUCGGAACGUAUCAGUGAGGAUCUAAGGGCUGCUUUAAACGCUUUCCUCUAUCGUACAUCAGACCAGAGCAGUAGGAUAAUGCUUGUACUGGCUUCAAACACGCCACAGCAAUUUGACUCUGCUAUCAAUGAUCGACUCGAUAAAAUGAUUGAGUUCGGUCUGCCGGGAUAUGAAGAAAGGGAAAGAUUGAUCCGUCUCUACUUUGAUAAGUUUGUGCUGCAACCAGCUUCGGAAGGGAAAAGACGUUUGAGCGUUGAGCAGUUUGACUAUGGUGCGCUGUGCAGUAAGCUGGCAGAGCGCACUGCGGGUAUGUCAGGACGAGCGCUGUCCAAGCUGGGUGUGGCAUGGCAAGCCGCUGCCUAUGCAUCUGAUGAUGGCCGCCUCACUGAGCGCAUGUGUAUAGAGAUAUGUGAUGAUGCAGUCGCUGAUCAUCGGCAGAAGAUGGAAUGGCUGUCGGAGGAGGAGAAAUCGAGGACAAUGAUGCCCUACUUACUUGAUCUCCCUCCACUAGACAAAACCACUGGUCAUACUAAAGCGACCAUUACAGAAAUUGAUGAUGAAAAAGAUAAAAAAGAAUCCGCCACUACAAAAGUGAAAACUGUCUCCAAGAAGAUUUCAAACAAAAGUACAGACGUGGAAAAGUGACACGAGGAAAAUGUAUGUAUGACACCAAAAACCAACGCAACAAACAUAACCUGUGAUACAAAACUAAAUACCACAGAUACAUGCAAUAAAAUCAAAUAUAUAUAUUUAAACGAUCAACAAAUGGAAGCUAUUAAAAAUAUUGCACUCAAAUACAAGCAUUUAA